UAAUUUGAUAUACAACCCUUUCGCAAAAAUGAAGCUGUUUAGUCCCCAAUCCCAAAGCCCAUCAGCGGCUGCUUACUGGAUGAAAAAUUUAGAGCAGAAAGCCUCAUUCCCAAUUCCAGGAGAACGGAAUACUUAUUUUGAAAAUUCACCUGGAAAAUUCAUCAACUUGAGGAAAAAUAAAUGGUUGGUCAAUAAAGGCAAUCCAAGGCAUAAGAAAAAUAAGCAUUGCAAAGAAGGGAAAAUUUCAAAUAAAGCUAAGAAGAAAUUAAAAAGGCCAGCCCAUAAAAGAGAAAAUACUGGAAUAAAGAUUUUAUGAAAAAGAGACCAAUCAAUGAAAAGCAUCGAAGAUAUCAAGUUUAAAGGCAAAAUUAAAAAGAAAACCCCAUUCUUUAUCACUAAUAACUCUGGAAGAAAGCAUAGACAAAAGAUGAAAUAUUUCAAGGAUAUCAACAAAAUAAAGCCUCAUAGUCAACUAAUCAAAAAGCAGUUGUCUAAUAUCCCGGAUAAACCAGAAGAAAAUGACUCAGAACAAGAUCACGAAAACUCUAAGCACAAGGAGAGUUCUCAAAGACUUGUGAAGAGUCAUUCAAGAGCUACUUCUGGAUACAACAGAAAAUACAAAGAGGCUAAGGCUGCUAGGCUCAAGAAAUAUGGCAAGAAACCAAACAGAAAUUUCUUUGAAGGCUCCUUCAGCCUGUUAUCGAAUAAUAAGAACAAACCUACAACUUUUAAAACUCAGCAUAUGACUAAAAGAGCAAUCAAGGAGAGAGCUUCCAGAAUGAAAAUUAUUAAGCGGAGACUUGAUAUAUUUGGGAAUAGAAGCAUGUCCCACCUCAGACAUAGAAACCCUCAGACUAAUCUGAGAAGGCUCAAAAAGGAUGAAAUCCUAGCCUCCUCGCCACUAUUUGAGCGUUCGAAAAUAGAGAAGCGAAGGGUUUUGGCUAAAAAUGGUCAGAAAGGUGAACUUGAUCAGAAAAAUUAUACAAAAUCAUUUCAAUUAGAAUCUAAUGAUUUGCUUAAUCAUAAAUUUGAGCAGAAACUACUUCCAGAUAAGGAAAAACCAGUGUUAAAUCUCAAAGAAUUUAGUAUUCUCAAACCUAAAAGUGCUGUUCAACGAAAAAUAGAAAGUAAUGUUGACCAUAAUAAGAAUUCAAAGAGCUCUUCAUCAACAGAUAAUGAUAACAGUAGCUCAUCUUCAAGUAGCUCUACUAGCUCUGAUUUGUGAAGCCCGGAGAUGUCUGGAAACAAGAGGAUUAGCAUCCAAAAGUUGAAAACUCACCUUGAUCGGUCGAAAAAUAGUGCCGUAUCACCUGGCUUAAACCCUCAUAAAGCUUCUGUUCUUGGAAUGCAGAAGCUAAAAGUGCCUAGUUUCAACAAUAGAAGAAUGAGUAGUGUGAUUGGAGAUAUUGGGCUAAACAAACUCAGCUUUCCAGUGCUACAUAAAAUUAACUCAAAGCAUAACUCUUCUAAGUUAUCGCUACACAAAAACCAAAGUAUCGAAUCUUAUUUCAGUAUGAAAAACAACGAAGCUUCAAAGAAGGAAGAGAGCAAAUUAAUUGUAGGGAAUGAUGGGCUGCCUAUAGUUAAUGAGAAAUCAAUAUCCACUAGUUCUACAGGUUCAGGACCUCCAAGGAACCGCAAGAGGAGAAAGAGACAUAGAUCUAAGGUCAAAUAAACUGUAUAAGCCUAGACCUAAGCUUAAGCUCAAAGAGAUUCAGAUGAACCUUGAGUCCAAUACUGAGAUUGGAAGAAUAACAGAUUUCCAGGCUGAGGAAGAUAAGACUAAUGUAUCUCCAAGCCCAUUAGGUCUGCAUUUUAAGAAAAAUAGUUCGGAAACUCCAUGUUUGGUUCCUCGAAAAUAAGAGGCUCUCAGAGUUCAGAGUCCUUCAAAAGAUUGGAGAAGGAGCUUUUGGAAAGGUAUACCUUAUAGUUCAGGAGAAAAAUGGGAAGAGCCUACUGCUAGCAUUAAAGGUGAUUAACAAAGCUUUACUUAAAACAGAAAAUGAUAUGGUGAGUAUCAAGAGAGAAAAAUAUGUGUUGAAAGAGCUGAGGAAAAAUCCGUUCAUAGUGAGGCUUAAAUACACCUUUCAAGAUGAGUCAAACAUCUAUCUGGUACAGGAGUAUCUAGGUGGAGGAGAUAUUUGCACUCUGAUCCGAAGGAAGCUAGGGUUUACAAACUAUGAAGUUCAGUUCUAUCUCUCUGAAAUCAUACUUGCCCUUCAAAUAUUACAUAAGGAGAAUAUUAUUUAUCGUGAUCUGAAGCCAGAAAAUAUCAUGAUUGAUCUAAGCGGUCAUGUUAAAUUAGUCGAUUUCGGAUUUGCAAAGAGACUAAAUGAUGUCACAAAGGAUAAAACAUAUACUGUCUGAGGAACACCUGGAUAUAUUAGCCCUGAAAUACUCACAUGUGCAGGCCAUAGCUAUAAGACAGAUAUUUGGGGACUUGGAAUAGUCAUUUGAGAAAUCUUAGGAGGAUUUAAUCCUUUCAAUGAUGUAAGUCCGCAAUAAAAAUGAAUGCCAAG